AAUGCUGGCAUGAUGAUCCGGGAAAGCGUCCUAAAAUUGACCAAGUUAUGCAUGAGCUCAGGGAAACAUUUGAAAAGAAACUAGAACAAUUUAAAGCUUUUUAUAGCGCUUUUUGCCCUCCUAAUAAAGUUUUAGACUCGACCCUUUAUUCCAAUGAUACAGAGGAAAAAUUGAAGAAACUAUCGCAGUCACAGCAUGAAUCUUUACCUUCACAGUAUUUAGAGAAUCAUGAAGAUAUCAUUAUGAAGGCAGCAGAAAUAUAUGAAUUUACAAGUUUAAAAACUUUUACAAAUAUUUAUGAAAUGAAACUAAAGAGAAUUACUGAUAACAUCCAGAUUGAUUAUGUUGUCAAUACAUUGAUUCCUGCAGUGCGUGUUACUGAUAUAAAGACCGAAUUGGAUUUAAUUAAUCGAGCGGUUUAUUUGAGUAAAAGUAACAGACAAGAUCUAGAAAAUGCUCUUAAACACCUUACUGCUAUACCAAAAUGGGACGAACGACUUCAAAAAUUAUCUACAAUCGUUGAGAUUUUUAAAGUGCCGCUUAAAACCGAAGACUGGUUAGGAAGAUCUUUGAAAUUUUUAAGAGAAGACUUUUUAAUUUUAGGAAAGAUUGUUGAGUUUAUGGAAUAUGUUAAGGAUCAUAAUCCAGAUGAUAAUGAGAAGAAUUAUUGGUCAUUGAUUAAAGAAUUAUCAUCUGCUAGUGAACUUUUAGAAUUUCUUCAAGCCAUAGCUGAACAUGAUAUUAAGAAUUUAAUUAAUGGUGUAGACGAUUAUUAUGAUGAACGGUUAAUUCAAGAAGAUACUAUGUCAUUAUUCAUUCAAGUUAAACAGUUGGUGGUGCAAUUAAUGAAUAGAUCUAAUAAAAUUGAUAAAUUUUUGGAACUUUUGCGUAAAAUUAGUCAGCAAGAUUCUUCUUUGCCCAAUAAAAUUAUAAUAUGCGCUAACUUUAAUAUGGCUUUACAAACCAGGCUUAGGAACAUAUCAAAUAGAGAAAAAGUGACAAAAGAAAAGAUACAAAAUGCCGUAUUGAGAGGAACUUAUACUUUCGAAAAAGAUGACAGGAGCGAUAAAUUUAAUAUCACACUGGUAUAUCAAGCUAGAGGAGCUAUUAAUAAAAUAAUACAUAACAUGUCUGGCUUACAAAAUCUACGUGGACUUGCUCAAUUGAUCGCAAAACCAACCAAUAUCAGUACAGAUUUAAGAAAAAUAAUAAAUGAAUUUGUAUCGCAAGUAGAUACAGCACAAGAAAUUCUUAAUGUUGGAUCUAAACUUAUCCAGAUGAGACAUUUUGGUUAUAGACAAUUUAAGAAAAAAAUUAUAGGUACUGAGGAAAGAUUUGGAACUACUGAUAUGAGAGAUUUAUUGGCAAAGCUUAAAGCGGACUUACAAAACUGGAAAAUGGUAGUAGAUAAAGCCCAAGAAGAACAUUACUAUCUGACGUUCUUCCCUGCGCGCUACAUUCUUGCCUUUUAUGACUAUUUUACAUCUGGUGUGCAAGAUAGAGAAAACACAGAGAUCUGCAGAACUCUUAUAAAGUUUGUUAAUAGUAAAGCGGAAUUACCUUCUCGAGAAGAUUGUUCAGGCAUUUCAUGCAAUGAUAGUGAUUAUUCUUGUGUGCUUAAUGAAAUUGGUAAAAAGUUACGCACUAUAUUUAGGAAUUUAUUAAAAACAUCACAUGAACUUAAAAUCAGAGGCGAACGUAUUAUUUCUGAUGUUGUCAAUAGGGAGCUUAAUAUUUUUAUUAAGCGUAGCUUUUUUGCUGCAAAAAAUGGAUAUAGAGAAAAACUAUUUUCUAUUGCGAAUUUAGAGCUACUCGAAUUUGAAUUGCAAUAUGAUCUAGUAGAAAGUAUUCGAUCAAUGUGUGAUAAAUAUAAUGAUUAUUUAUUGGCAUUAGUUUAUUAUCAUGGGGGCUCGUUCCAUCAUCACAUAUUAGACCAAUUUUCACAAGAUGUUCAUUCAACAAAUGGCCUUAACGCUGAAACCAUGAAAGCAAUUUAUCAUGAUUUGUGUAGUAAUGUUACUUGUGUAUCUUCAGAGCUAUCUGGGCAAGGCAAAACUGAAUGGAUUAAACAAGCUAAUUUAAAGGAAAAGAAAAUUUUACAUGAUUUUUUGAUCAGUGAUGGUGCAAAUUAUGAAAGUCUUAUCUACCAACUUAAAGAUCGCAAAAUUCAUCCAACUGAAAGUUUGCAUAUAAAUAUUAUGUCGGCUGAAAAUCCGAACGAAAUCAAUCUAUUCUUAUUUGAACUAUUAACGCUAGGAUUUGUUUCUAAUAAUAUUUACAUGAUAAGUCUUCCGCGAAUUCCCAUAUUCAUUGAAGUGGCAACAACCGUUAAUCAGGAACUUCUUAACUCACUUCCUAUAGCCAGUUAUUUAAUAAAAGAACAUUUAUCAUGGAGUAUUCGUAAUCUUAAUGUAUCCUCUGAGAUAUGCGAUCCAAUUCAAAUUGUGUGCAAUUAUUUAGAUGCACAUGAAAAACAUGAAAUUAACGAGAGAGAUAUUAUAUUCCAUGGUCAAGGCUUUAUAACAAAACCGUUAUCCGAUAAAAGAUGUCAAGAUUUAAUAGUUAAAUACUUUCUUGAAGGAAAUAGUGACAGUGUUACCUCAUUCCGAUACAUAGAAAUAUUUACUAGUGUAUUAGCAGAUCAACUUAUUUGCCUUUCAUCAAGCACUUAUCUUACUGUAGAAAAUUUAAAAUCGUUGAUUAAUGAAGAAACAUUAUUGAGAACAACUUUGUUUGAAUCGUUAAUUGAAGUUUCUAAAAAGUUUGCAUUCAGAUCAAUAAAUGCCGAAUUAUGUGAUGAUCGUAAUUCGAAGUCCAAAAUAGUUCAAUGGGACAUAUAUGAUCAUAUUUUUAUCUUUUUCAGAUCACAAAAUCCCGAUUCAAUUUGUGCUUUAUAUCGUGAAAAAAAAACUGUUCCAGAAAAUGUUAAAGAAUUUCUUAAAAUUCAGUCCAUGAUCGACCCGGACAAAUGGGAAUUAGAAGACUAUAAUUGUAUUUCACCUAAAUUGUUAUUAGAAAGGCUUGAAUGUUUAGCACGCCGAACAACACAUAAAAUAGAUCUUCCAUUGUAUGCUUUGUCAGUUGAUAAUUUAGUAAAGAUGGCAUUAAUCUUAUUAAGGGCACGUGCUGCUGUUCCUGUUGUCAUUAUGGGAGAAGCAGGUUGUGGCAAGUCGAGUUUAAUUGGAUUCUUGGCCAAGGUAGUCGAGGUUAACUACGAACCAUUCAAUCUUCAUGCAGGAAUUAAGGAGCAAGACAUAUUAGAUUUCAUGGACAAAGCUCAGAUAAAAGCCGAUAUCGGCGAGUUAUGGUUAUUCUUUGACGAAAUUAAUACCUGUAAUCACAUUGGAUUACUUGCGAAUAUAAUCGCGCAUCGCACUUUUAAUGGAAAUUCAUUACAUCCUAAUAUCAGACUUUUUUCGGCAUGUAACCCUUAUCGUAAACGGAUCAAAGUUCAAAGUCAGGCUGGAAUAAAAACUAGGGCUAGAAGAUAUGAAGAACUAAGUAAUCUUGUAUAUCAAGUAAAACCGCUUCCGGAUCAAAUAUUAGAUUAUGUUUGGGAUUAUGGCGUUCUCUUUCCAAAUGAUGAAAAAAGAUAUAUACAAGUUAUGGUGCAAACACGAUUUGGAGAAGGACACGAAUUAUUUACAGAGCUCUUGUUUACAUCACAGCAGUUUAUUCGUUUAAUUGAAGAAAACUAUAGCGUUAGUUUGCGUGAUGUAAAACGAGCAAUUAAAUUAGUUUCAUUUUUUGGAGUAUGUCUUCGAGCGCGUUCAAGUUCGGGAUACUUGAGAGGAAAUAAACACUAUCCAUCUCCUGAUGGUUCAAGCCGUAUUAGUCUUCAAAUCCGUUGUUAUAUUUUAGCACUUGGCCUUUGUUAUCAAUCUAGAAUAUAUGAUCAAGAAUCACGAAGUGAAUAUCGGCAAGAAAUAAUUAAAGUAUUCCAAAGGCACAAAAUGAAUAUUAAAGAGAGUGACUUUACUAGUGUGAUUCGAGAUGAACAAGAUGAUUGGGUUAAAAGAAUGGAGUUGCCACCAAAUACUGUGAUGAAUGAGGCAUUAUUAGAAAAUGUUUUAGUGAUGGUUGUUUGUAUUCUUACCAAAAUUCCUGUGUUUAUUAUUGGUGCAACUGGAUCAUCAAAAUCUUUAGCAAUUAAACUUAUAGGACAAAAUCUGCGUGGAUCUGAUUCAAGUGAUAUAUAUUUCAGAAUAUUUCCUCAGGUAUACUUUAUUUCCCACCAAGGGUCAUCAUCUUCCACUUCGGACGGUAUCAUUAAAGUUUUUGACCAAGCUAUUAAUUACCAAGAAUCCAGUUCAGUAGAAUUUCCCGUGAUCAGUGUUGUUGUAUUUGAUGGAAUCGAAUUAGCUGAAACUAGUCCACACAAUCCACUUAAAGUACUUCAUACAUUACUCGAACCAAAUUAUCCGUCUGAUGGUCAGCAGUUUCUUUCGCCUAAAUUUGGUAUUGAAGAUCUCGUCGAUAUAGCAGUUCGUUUACUUGACUCCAAAUUACAUACCUCCAUAUCACGUGCCUCACUUCGAUCACUUGCAAAAGCCUAUGUAGAAUAUGAAGAAUGUG